GCCGGCCGCAGCCAUGAACGGCGAGGAGCAGUACUACGCGGCGCCGCCGCUCUACAAGGACCCGUGCGCGUUCCAGCGCGGCCCGGCGCCAGACUUCCGCGCCAGCCCGCCCGCGUGCCUCUACAUGGGCCGGCAGCCGCCGCCGCCGCCGUUCGCCGGCGCCCUGGAGCAGGGCAGCCCCCCGGACAUCUCCCCGUACGAGGUGCCCCCUCUGGCCGACGCCCCGGCCGCGGCGCUCCUACACCACCACCUUCCUGCGCCGCUGGCGCUCGCACAGCCGCCCGGCGGGCCCUUCGCGGAAGGCGCGGAGCCGAGCGCCCUGGAGGAGCCUGGCCGCAGCCAGCUGCCUUUCCCGUGGAUGAAGUCCACCAAGGCGCACGCGUGGAAAGGCCAGUGGGCAGGCGGCGCCUACGCGGCCGAGCCGGAGGAGAACAAGCGGACACGCACGGCCUACACGCGCGCGCAGCUGCUAGAGCUGGAGAAGGAGUUUCUAUUCAACAAGUACAUCUCGCGGCCGCGCCGAGUGGAGCUGGCUGUCAUGCUGAACUUGACCGAGAGACACAUCAAGAUCUGGUUC